GCUGGGUGAGGGCAACGGCUUCACAGAGGCUUCACUGCCUCGCCGGGCAUGCGUACGCGCUCGGCACAUGCUCAUUCGGGCCGCACGAGGGGCUCUGGGCAUGUGCAGAAGCAAAAUGGGUACAUUCUGAAGCAGGGCAAUUUCAGCUAUGACACCUGCAGCAUGUGCCAGGAGCUGCAACGGCAGCAAAAGCGGCGGCGGCGGCGGCGGCGGCGGCCGCCUGUGCGCGGUGGAUCUUCGUCUCUUCAGAGCGGUAAAUAUCAGCUGAUCCGCUGUGACAGCAGCAGCAAGAGCAGCAGGAGCAGGAGAAGCCAGCGAUCCACAGAGCUUUUCUGGAGAAUGAUUGAAGACUGUGGGAAAAGAGGAACUACCAUGGCAGAAAGGAGGCAGCUGUUUGCAGAAAUGCGGGCUCAAGAUCUUGAUCGCAUCCGUUUAUCUACCUACAGAACAGCAUGCAAGCUUAGAUUCGUACAAAAGAAAUGCAACUUGCACCUUGUGGAUAUUUGGAAUGUAAUAGAAGCACUGCGGGAAAAUUCAUUGAAUAACAUGGAUCCGAACAUAGAGCUGAAUGUGGCUCGACUUGAAGCAGUAUUGUCCACCGUUUUUUAUCAACUUAAUAAGCGUAUGCCAACCACCCACCAGAUCAAUGUAGAACAAUCCAUCAGUUUGCUGCUCAACUUCUUGCUGGCUGCUUUUGAUCCUGAAGGCCAUGGAAAAAUAUCUGUGUUCGCUGUCAAAAUGGCCUUGGCCACACUUUGCGGGGGAAAGAUCAUGGACAAAUUAAGAUAUAUUUUCUCAAUGAUUUCAGACACCAGUGGUGUAAUGGUUUAUGGAAGAUAUGACAUGUUUCUACGGGAAGUCCUGAAACUUCCUACUGCUGUCUUUGAAGGCCCUUCUUUUGGUUACACAGAGCAAUCUGCAAAAUCCUGUUUUUCUCAACAGAAGAAAGUCACACUGAAUGCUUUCUUGGAUACUCUAAUGUCUGACCCUCCACCACAGUGUCUGGUCUGGUUACCACUUCUGCAUCGAUUGGCAAAUGUUGAGAAUGUCUUCCACCCUGUUGAGUGUUCCUACUGCCAUAGCGAGAGCAUGAUGGGAUUUCGCUAUCGAUGCCAGCAGUGUCACAAUUACCAGCUCUGUCAAGAUUGCUUCUGGAGGGGACAUGCCAGUGGUUCCCAUAGCAACCAGCACCAAAUGAAAGAAUACACAUCAUGGAAAUCACCUGCUAAGAAGCUAACUAAUGCACUUAGCAAGUCUUUAAGUUGUGCUUCCAGCCGUGAACCUUUGCAUCCAAUGUUCCCAGACCAGCCUGAAAAACCACUAAACUUGGCUCAUAUUGUGCCUCCCAGACCGGUCACCAGCAUGAAUGAUACACUGUUCUCCCACUCUGUUCCCUCAGGAAGCCCGUUCACAAACAGAAGGUUGCUUGAAAGUAUAAAUGUAACCAGUCCUGUGGCUGAUGAGCAUUCUAUUAUAAAACUGUAUGUAAAUCAGCUUCUCAAGAAUUCAUGUUGUUAUGUCUCAUUAACUAGCUCUCCUUACAAGAAUAAUGAAGUAGAGCAGAACAAACUGCUGGCUAGGGCCGCACCAGCUUUUUUGAAAGGCAAAGGGUUACAGUAUAGCCUCGAUGUUGCAGACAGGCUGGCUGAUGAACAUGUUCUCAUUGGGUUGUAUGUCAACAUGCUCCAGAACAACCCCUCACGUUUGCUUGACAGCCCAAACCGUCUAGAUGAAGAGCACAGACUGAUCGCCAGGUAUGCAGCAAGACUGGCAGCAGAGACUACUUCAUCACAGCCACAACAACAAACACAGCAGAGAGGUGCUCCAGAUAUAUCAUUCUCUAUUGAUGCAAAUAAGCAACAACGACAGCUUAUUGCAGAACUUGAAAAUAAAAACAGAGAAAUUUUACAAGAGAUCCACAGGCUGAGACUUGAACAUGAGCAGGCAUCUCAGCCCACUCCAGAGAAGGCAGCUCAGAAUCCUACACUUUUGGCAGAACUUCGGCUCCUUAGACAAAGGAAGGAUGAGCUGGAACAAAGGAUGUCUGCUCUUCAGGAAAGCCGAAGAGAACUCAUGGUUCAGUUAGAAGGCCUCAUGAAACUGCUCAAGACCCAAGGGGCAGGCUCCCCUCGCUCAUCUCCCAGCCACACUAUCAGUCGGCCUAUUCCUAUGCCCAUCAGAUCUGCAUCUGCCUGUUCAACCCCAGCCCACACACCUCAGGACUCUCUGACAGGUGUGGGUGGAGAUGUGCAGGAAGCUUUUGCACAAGGUACAAGAAGAAAUCUAAGAAAUGACUUGCUGGUAGCAGCAGAUUCUAUCACCAACACCAUGUCUUCUCUGGUGAAAGAACUAAACUCAGAAGUUGGAAGUGAGACAGAAAGUAAUGUGGAUUCUGAAUUUGGCCGGACUCAUUUUGAUGACCUUGUUCCAUCACCAACUUCUGAAAAGGCUUUCCUUGCACAGAUCCAUGCCCGAAAGCCAGGUUACCUUCACAGUGGAGCCGCUAGUGGAACCCUCCGCAGUGAUAUGGUUACAGAAGAUGGAGACCCUUAUGUCAGAGCAGAUGAUGAGAACUAUGAAAAUGAUUCUGUCCGCCAGCUUGAAAAUGAGCUCAAGAUGGAGGAAUAUUUGAAACAAAAGCUCCAGGAUGAAGCUUACCAGGAAAGCUGCAGUCAAAUGGACAACAGAAGUGAUGUAAGAACUAAAGAAGGGGAGAGCUGUACCCAGACUAAUGACAGAGAUAGCUUGUCUGCCAGCUUCACAGAAGAAGUACCGGCACAGCACCUCUGACGUAAUUCACUAGAUCUGGAGACUGUAGCACAGUAUUUUUGUUCUACGAGUUGAUGUUUGUAGGUGUUUGUUUCAAAUAAGGUUUUUUAAAUUAUUAUUUAAAGCUAAUUUAUAUCAGCUACAUCAUAUGUAACAUGGCUCAUUACUAGUAAAGAACACAAGCUGAACAAUGCUGCUGUUCCUGUUAAUGGCGGUACUAACAAACCACAAGCCCUUGGCACAUAAUUUUGAACCUGUUCAGUUUACAAUGAGAAUACUGUUUAUAUUAGGAGUUUAAUUUCUGAAUGGUUUGAAAUUUUAGAACACUUUCCUACACACUGUACAUUGUUUUGCCACAGAUGAAAUUUUAAAAGCUACAAUGAUGCAUUUAACACUGGAUAAAUAUACUCCUGAGUGUACAUAUUUAUAGCCCAAAAGCUAAGUGUAGUAGAAAAUGGCUGCAAUCCUGAACCCAGCUGCAUGAACUGAAAUUCCACAGAUCUCAGUGGGCUUCAGUGCAAAUGGCUAGAUGCAGGAUUGCAGACUUAAAUUGCAAUUUGUUUUACAGAUUUUUCUGCAAAAAACUAAAAAUAAUAAAAAAUAACAGACUUGUACAAAAUGCACUAAGUAUCUCUAUGAUUUAGGGCUACUACAUAACUUAGGAAUGUUUUCUUUCAGAUAAAUCUAACAAAUCAGCCAUAGAAGUAAGUGUAAAUAUUUUCUUUCCAAAUAGAUAUCAUAUACAAAAGGCAGCAUUCAAAUGAUAUAGAAUCUAGUUUUUAAAAUCAGCACAGAUCUUCUUAAAACUGUGAACUAUGUUUUGAAAUACUAGUUGCUAAAGCUGUUUAUAAACCACAGGUGCCAUAAAAUCCCUAAACUAAUGUUAUGUAUAAUCUUUCAUAAUAUUGUUUAAUUGCUGUUUUAGGACUUUAGUGAGCAUGUGUUCUUUCAUAUUUCUCCAUUGUUCAUAUACUGUUUGUUGAGGCCUUCAGCUUUAAAUGUAUAAGCUUUAAAAGUGCGCUUGCAACUGUUUUCUUUUAUUUCUGAAUGUGCAUUGCCUUAGCCAGCCACCAGAUGUUCUGCAUGCAUUUUUGGAAAUGUGUAGUGAGACUUCCUUUCAAGGUUGAAUGGGGAUUUAGCUAUCUGUGAAAAGCACAGGGGGGGAAACGUGUCCUUAAAAAAGAUACAUAAUUACAACAGUGUCCCUUUAAGUAACUCUUAACAUUCUCUUUUAACUGCAUUAGGGAUGAGGAAGAUCACAGGCCUUUGCUUCCACUAGGAUUUUAAAAGAACAAGAAAAUGUUGCAAUGAUUUUACUCAGCCAUUGCUAUAUGAUUAAUUAUGUAGUAACUACUCGCAUCAACUAUCCAUAAACUAGGAAGAGAAUAGUAAAUAAUUUAAAAAUUGCCAGGGUGCCAUUAAACUAUUUCAUAUAUAGUGCAACAUUGCUAAUACCAGACAUUAAUUAGAACCCAAUUAUUUCAACCCCAGGUUUCUUA